AGGAGAACAGAGUUAAGGUAACCCAUCUAUGUAAUAUAAGUGUGUGUUUGUGUUCAGUUAUAUGUUAUAAGAAAAUGAGCCAAGGCUAACGAAUCUGAGCUAGAAAAAAUAAUAGUAUUUUUUGAUAGACCCGAAUACCAUACAAGAUUUAAUUGAACCCCUAAUAAUCAUAAAAACAGUCAUAAUAAAAAAUAGGUUUUAGCGUUGUGAUUGCAUUUUUUAUCAAGAGCUUGAACCCUAUAGCAACGUUCAAAUUCCUAUACCGUGUUUUAGCCCAUGCUUGGUUACAGAUUUAGGGAGGUUUCCAGCACCCACAAAGCAUCGUAAGCCUAAAUUCAUUGUAGUUCUAUUGUGUUCAGUAGGCUUACGACGUACUAUGAUGCGCUGUACUUAAUCAUGCUUUUGGGAAACGCAGCCCUUGUUGAGCAAGGUCACUAUAAUGGCAUUGACUGGGUUUCUGGUUAAACGCCGUUAUCAGGUACUUUACAUAAGUCAAAUUCAAAUAAACAAUGAGACAUGAUUGAAAAAUUCUUCAUAUAUGUCCACAUUACACAUACACACAGAGAGAUUGGAAACAACAAAACAUUUUGAAUGUGAAUAGACGAACAUGGGCUACUGCAUUUACAAAAAACAACAAAAAAACUAUAACGACAAAUAACAUGCACGCACACGACACACACAUUUGAAAUCGUUAAUUAAUACACAAUUAAGUUGAAUUUACAUACAGUGUUUUCAAAGAUUCCGAUUCACCACAUUCCCUCACCCCAUGUGUAUCUGAGAAUAUCUGUGUGCACUUGGGUGUAGUUUCUAUGCAAGCGUGUACACUUUAGUGAGGUGCGUGUGCAGCAGCAGCGACAGAUGGCGGGCUCCUCUUCCCUCGGGAAGGCAAUCUCUACGAAUGCGAGCGCGUGUCAAUCACCCGCUCUCAUGUGAUGGCUCCUGCCAGUGACGUGCCCACCAUAUGGCCUGGCAUCAGAGCAGUGUAGUAGGUAACUAGCGUGAAGAUGGUGUAGACGAACGCGCCCUCACCCGUAGAGCACCAUAAACUAGUGCCGCUGCAAUGCUGACUAGAUUAUUCAACGAACAUUCACUGCUUCCGGACAUGCAGAAGUUCGGGGGCUGGGUGGAUGACAGCGGGAGCGAGGACUCCAAAAUCAAGGACGAGGAGCAGGAGCGCUGUCGCCUAGGCGACGAGGACUUGGAUGAGGGCGAUGUGAAAGACGGGAGCAGCCUGGCUCAGUCGGAAAUUGCAGGGGAGGAGGACGAUGAUGAGGAUGUUGAUGAAGAUGAUUGUGGAGAUGAUGGGGACGAAGACAGGCCCAAAAAACGUGGGCCAAAAAAACGCAAAAUGACACCGGCUAGGUUAGAGCGCUCGAAAGUUCGGCGCCAAAAAGCUAACGCCAGAGAGCGCACGCGCAUGCACGAUCUAAAUUCAGCACUGGACAAUCUACGCAAGGUUGUACCAUGCUAUUCAAAAACUCAAAAACUCUCCAAAAUUGAAACGUUAAGGUUGGCGAAGAACUACAUUUGGGCGCUGUCAGAAAUCCUGCGGAAUGGGAAGAGACCGGACGUGGUUUCGUAUGUACAGACACUGUGCAAAGGCCUCUCCCAACCCACGACCAAUCUGGUGGCUGGGUGCCUCCAACUUAACUCAAGGAAUUUUCUAACGGAACAAUGUCAAGAAGGAGCGCGCUUUCACGUGCCUAACCCGUCGUUCUCCAUGCAUGCAUAUCCAUACCAGUGUUCCCGUUUAUCAAGCACACACUGUCAGUCAGGAUCCAGUACACAUAACCUUCGAAAUCAUUCUUUCUGUUCGGCCUAUGAGGCUUUGUACACUGAAGGCACGUCCCCAGAAUACAACAGCCCAGAUUACGAGAGUCACCACAGCCCCCCGGUGUGUGUAAAUGGUAACUUUGCUUUAAGACAACAGGAAUCACUGUCACCGGACGCGGACAGAGGUUAUCAAUAUUCUGUGCAUUACACAAAUCUGCAUGGCCCACGUUCCUCCGCUGCUCAUGGUCUUGCUUACGGCCCAUCAGGAACUCGCAGCGCUCACUCAGAGAACCUUCCACCGUUUCAUGAUGUACACUUGCACCACGAUCGGGCGCCUGCAUACGAGGAACUCAACGCCUUUUUCCACAAUUAGCAGUUUUUUCCGUGUUAGUUAAAAAUAGAAAAAAGACACGGAAAAGGAAAAGACUUUCCACGCACAAAAGAUUAAUUAAUUUAGUAGUAAUGUUUUACAUUAUUGGACAAUAAUCUUGAUUUUAUAUAUAUAUAUAUAUAUAUAUAUAUAUAUAUAUAUAUAUAUAUAUAUAUAUAUAUAUAUAUAUAUAUAUAUAAUUACAUAAUGAACAUUAAUGGACAAAAUAUGUAUAAAAUAACUGAAUGACUAAUUAACUGAAUGAACAACUAAUUCAACUGCUCAAACAUUUUACGAAGUAGGAGUGUUAUUUCUGAUGGAUUCUAAUGUUGGAAAAACAGUGAAUAUAUUAUGUAAUAACGCCAAAUUGUUUAAUGAAGUUUCAUGAUCAAAUAAAUAAAGACGCAUAAUAUUCCAGAA